AUGACUUCCUUAAUCUAUCCCACCCAAAGUGUGUCACUAUCUCCUAACAUAAUCGACACUGCUUCCUCCAGUAUUACACAUCUACAUCAAAGGUCACCCUCCAACCCAUUUGAAGUUAUUUAUGAUUCACAGCCGGUGCACAAACAAUCAAACAUACAAUGGCACAACUCUCAAAACUAUAAGGAAAUAUCGCAGAAUAUACAUCAGAGAACACCAAGCUCGGGUCUACCAAUCAGAUCUGCCACGUCUUCUUCUCCCUCCCCUCCUCCUAUCUUGACAGCCCUUGAUGAUCCACUUUUCACCAGAACUACUGGGUCCAUCAUAUCACGUCUGGCAACCUUACGAAACAGAAAUAGAAUAAAGCGACGCAACAAAACUGUGAAGAAAACCGAUAUCAAACAAAACAAGCCAUUAAAGUUCCCCAUACGGAGAAAGAGAAGUCUACAGUACAAGAAAAAGCCACAGGUUGCACUUUUCGAUAACAAGAAACAGAUGACGAACUUUUUGAUGAACUCAAACUAUCAAGCUUUAGUAAAGAAUUUUAUACCACAGACAAUGAGACUUUAUCAGCAUCACAGAAUUUUGCAACCCAAGCCUGCUUUAACUUAUAGUACGAAACUUUUUGAAGUUGAUGACCUUAAUAAUUUUGUUAUAGUACCCACAGACAAAACUCCAAAAAGAGCUUCUUAUUUGAAAGGGGCAACUUUGACUGCUCCUGUCUCCAAUGUUAGUGCUGGUGUUAGUGGCGGGAAUACAUUAGUUGAUUUGAUAUAUCAAAAAUAUAAGGAAGUCAUCUAUACCGGUGGAUUUUCCAUCCCCCCUCCGAAAUUCGAAGAGCUCUACCCACAAGAUGCCAAAUUAUUAAGCAAUCGAGAAUUAUCUAAUUUGAAUACCAAAAUUUUGUUUGAUAUAUUGAUAAGGAAAACAGUAGCAGCAAAAAUGGGCUAUCGGUUAAAACAUAAUGGGGACCAUCUAAUGGGUCAGCAUUUAACCAGUCUGUCAUCUUCAUUUUCUUCAUCUGCUCCCUCUUUUUCAACCCAGGAUUCAGGAAAUUUAUCACCCAGAACAACAACAUCGGCUAGGUCACGAGCAUUGUUGGCAUUAUCGUCUUAUACAUCUUCCCAUUCAACAAACGUGCUGGAGACGAAACCACUUUUUCUGGAUUUAGCAGUAUCACGCAACCAAAAUCCACCAAGAGAUUUACGUAACGAAUUCAUUAAUGACUUUAAUAAAAUAUAUGAUCAACGAUAUAAACACAACACUAAUAACGAGCCUAGUUUUGAAAAUGAUUUGUUUGCCAGCACAGUAUAUCAAUUAAACCCCAUCAAUAGGUCAAAAUCGACUUUACCUUCCAACGAUAAUGAAAAUAAUGGUGGUGUUGGAUUUGGUAACAAAAACGACACUACUAGUAGUAGCACCAGCAACAGUAAAUUUGAUGAUGAACAAACUACUACCCAACCAGCAUCUUCGUCGAAACGUAAAUCAACUAGUUCUUAUACUUCGACCACUUCAGGCUUGCAGAAUUUAGAAGACUUCCCUAUCACUUCAUAUACUGCCAAACCUUUAAAUUCUUUUGAUGUAUGGCAAUCAAAGAAUAUCGUCCCAAAAGACAUUAUUUCCCCGGAACAACUAAUUGAUAGUUUGAAUAAGUCAGACCAGGUCGGGUACAUUAAACGUCGUUCUAUCGUGGAACAAAAUGUGGCACCUGCAGUUGAGUCAAUGCAAGCCUCAGUUUUGACACAUCAUGAUUCAGUAAGAACUAAAUGGAGUGCUAGUGUUGGUAUUGGAGGAGGCACCAGUCAUCAUGAUGAAAAAUCUCAAGCUUCUCCAAGGUUCUCUCAAGUUUCAAGAUUUGGCUCUUAUAAAUAUCAAGGGGUCAUUUAG